UGCAACUCAGACGGGUUUUGCACUCGGAACCGUUAGGACCUGCAUAGUUAGAACGCGAGCGCGCGCGAUCGUACGAUUCCACCUUUCAAGAAGGUGUGCACACCUCGCAGAGGUCAGUGAACUUUGUGUGAAAUCUCGAUCGAGCAUCGAUCAUCGAUCAUAAUCAAACAAAAGUGCGUGAACCGUUAAACCAUCAUCAAUUCGCUCAAUCUUUUCGAUCGACAAGUGGGACGAAUACGUAACCGAGUUCAUCGAGAUCACCGAAUCAUCUCGAAAACCCCCAACCAUGCCGGAGUUUGUCAUUGAAAAGCGCAAUAUUCCAGUGCUGACGAUCGCGUCCAACGAUGGCCCAUCGGGAGGAUCGACGGGCGAAAAUUCGCUCGGCUUUCGGAUCACCGGCGGGGCCGACUUUGAAAUGCCCAUAACGGUGUUUCAGGUCAAGGAGGGCAGCGCGGCGGCCAAGGCGGGCCUCAAGCUGGGCGAUCAGAUCGUCACGAUCAACGGGGCGGACGCGUCGGCGAUGCGCCUGGCCACGGCCGAAUCCGUCAUCAAGCAGGCCGCCGACCAGCUGCAACUCGUGGUGACCAAGGACGAAGAGGAAACCAAGGACCCCCACUCACCGGCGGCCGACGCCGAGCAGAAGCCGAAGGAGACCCGCGAGAUCACGUUCGCAGGUAACGACCCGAACGACGGCUCCGAUGUCACUAACAAUCCCCACGCCCCCAAGCACAAGCCCUCCGACGACGCCGAACGUGAGCACUGGAUUCAGCCGCCGGAGCGCAAGGUGUGGCAUCCGAUCGUGUGGCAGCAGCCGCCGCCACCGAUUCCACCGGAUGUGUACGGCAAGGACGCGCCCCACCAGCGGCUGAUCAAGAACAUCCGCCGACUGCUGGUCGAAACCAAGGCCAAGCCGGAAGAGCGCCAGAAGCACAUCGAGCACAUGAUGCUGUCCCUGCCGUCGGGACCGCGGCCAAAGAGCGACGACGACGAAGAGGAAGAGCCGAAACCGGUUCCGAAGCCGAAGAAGAAGAAGCGCUCCAAGAAGAACGGCAAGGGCCGAAAGCGCACCGAAAGUGAAACUUCGGACGAUUCAAUCUCCCACAAAAUCUCCGUGUCGGCCACCAGAUCCAAAACGAUUCUCGAGGAACCCUAGAGGGAGGAGAUCUGUGGCCCACCCGGAAACAUCACCCAAAAAAAACAUACAUCAACACUAACCCAAAUACAUUGACGCGAAAUCAUUAGCUAGGUUAUGUUAAAAUAAUUAAACGCACACACAAACACUCACAAAGAAACAAAACAUCACACUAACACAAAACGCGCACUGACACCAACACGUACAUAUUACUUAUACAAAAGGCACGACACGGAAGGAGAGAACAAUCGAGAAAUUAAAAAGAGAGAUGUGAGCCGGUAACAUGGAGUGAAACUUUUGCAGCUGUCAUGGAAAACUUCACAGCAGCUUGACAAAUAGUUUAACUCCAUGUUGCACUUUUAAUUUCUCGAUAGGGAAGAAAGUUCGAAAAAACAAACAAACCAAAAAAAACAUGUAAACAAAUAUUUUAUUAUUUAAUCACUUUAUUUAUUCAGCACGGAACAGGUUUGAUGAGAGAGAAGCUAACUGUGGAACCCUUCUUGAUUAAAGUGUUCUAUUGUUUUAUUUAACCGGAUGGGAGAAAAAAAAGGAAGAAAUACAGGUCCUAGAAAUGCCGACUCACA